CUUCCUCCUCCCCCCCCCCCCCGCUUCUCUUCGUUUGGGGAGCGAUGUGUGCUGAUUUAUGCGACGCCAUGAACUUAGGUUGCUUUCCUUUGCAGCUCCCCCCCCCUUCUUUUUUUGCCCCGUGUUACUUCCCCCCCCCCUCCCUCUCUCUCUCUUUCUCUCUCCUCUCUCUCCUCUUUCCCUCGGUCGCUGUGCAAUUGAACCUCUGAAUGAACCACGCCUUGUUUCCUGCCUCUUUCUCGUUCUCGAUUUGUUGUUCUUCUGACAUAAGUCUUUGCCCUCACCCGCAAGGAGCAUGGUGCUCUGCUGCAUUCGUUGCCACUGCCCACGAUGGUGCGACAGCCCGGAGGAGCUGCGCUGUCCUCAACUGCAUCGCCUGUGCCGCCGGUCGCCCUGCGCUCGGCUGGGGUGCGGAAGACACUGCAAGUGCGCGUCCUUCACAUUGUCUAGGGCUCCUCUUGGGCAGAACGGACGCCCCUAACACAUGUGGCCUAGCGAGCACGGCGGCCGCAUCGGACGCCGUCACACGCACGCGUGUGCCUGUGCCUGUGCGUGUGUUCCUGCCGGCUGUCGCUCAGGGCCGUGCCCGAUGCUGCUUACUGCUUUGAUACUCGACCCUGCUGGUGCUCAUGCUGCUCAUGCUGCUCAUGCUGCUCAUGCUACUGAUGACACCUUUGACGAUCACCCUCCCCGCACGUGUGCCCAGUUGCACAUGUGUACGCGCGUGUGCCUUUGCAUAACAUGACGUGUGUGUUUGUGUUUGUGCUUCUGAUUGACCCUCAAAAUGGACUCUUGCGCUCUUUCUUCGCUCUCUCUCUCUCUCCCUCUCUCUCUCGCUCUCUCGCUCUCUUCUUUUGAUUGAACAACAUAUUCCCCCC